AUGGAUCAGUCGUUCAACUUACCUGACUCCACCGAUUGGUUGGGAACACCUUUAUCUCUACUUGCGCCUCUCGAAUCCUCGCUCCGGUGCCAGGUCUGCAAAGACUUCUUCGAUAACCCAGUGAUUACGUCUUGCAGUCAUACAUUUUGUUCGCUAUGUAUUCGUCGCUGUCUCAGUACUGAAGGGAAAUGUCCUGCCUGCCGGAGCUCUGAUCAAGAGCUGAAGCUGCGCCGUAACUGGGCAGUCCAAGAAUUGGUCGACGCGUUCAAUACGGCAAGGCCCAAGGUCUUGGGUCUGGCGCAAGCGGAAAAGGAGCGCCUUGAAAAGCGCGAGGAUGAUGCAAAGCAACCGGCGCAAAAGAAACGAAAAGUUAGUCGCGUUGCAGAGGAGGAAUCACAAGUUGAAGAAGCCAGCUCGCAAGGCCGACAGACACGUUCUUCAAGAACAAGAAACUCGGUAGAGACGCCGGGUGCUUCUCAGGUUAUUCCUGAGGUUAUUGAGGAUAGUCAAGAUGACGAUGAAUACAUCCCCGAAGAUGGCAUGGUCGCGUGUCCGAUUUGCUCUCAGAAGAUGAAGGAGGAAGCUGUCUUCGGACAUUUAAACGUUCAUACAGAGGAAGCUCAGCCUCCAAAGCCAGCUACUUUUGGGUCCUUCAUGGGCCCAUCGCAAAAAGGCUUAAGCUUAGGCAAACCUCCCGAUCGACUUCCUGCCAUAAACUACUCCAUCUUGAAAGAUAUUUCAUUGCGCAAGAAGCUGCGGGAUCUCGGUAUCCCAGAGUGGGGUCCUAAACAGCUUCUACAGCGGCGCCACACGGAGUGGAUGAAUCUGUGGAACGCCAAUUGCGACUCCAAAAGCCCUAAAUCGAAACGGGUAUUGCUCUCCGAGCUGGAUAUUUGGGAACGGACACAGGGAGGGCAUGCUGCCACGCAAUCACCAUUCGUUUCAUCCAGCAACGUUAUGCGAAAAGACUUCAAUGCCAAUGAGUGGUCUUCAAAUCAUGACGAUGAUUUCAAAAGACUCAUUGCAAAUGCGCGGAAGAAGAGUGAAGCACAAGUCAGGUCCACCAUCCCUGGAGCAGCUUCGGACGGGUUGUCUGAGCCUGCGCAAGCUCCGACACAGCAGCAUGUUGAGGCACUGCCGCCGAAUGGUGCUCGCAUCGAAAACAGUGAAGGUUCUGAUACCAAUAAUACCAUUGACCUUUCCGGGUGA